CCCGCGGGAGUGAUGGGCAGACGGGCGGCCGUCCUGUGGUACUGCGCUAAGAGAAGGGAGAGGAACCGGGAGCUCUCUGGUGGUGCUCACCUGGCCGAUGCGCUUAAUGAAUGAAAAGAGAGAUUACAAUGGUUGACACAGAAAUGCCGUUUUGGCCCGUUAAUUUUGGAAUUAGCCCAGUGGAUCUGUCUGCGAUGGAUGAUCAUAUGCAUUCCUUUGACAUAAAGCCAUUUACCACUGUUGAUUUUUCAAGCAUUUCUUCUCCACACUAUGAAGAUAUACCUCUUGGAAGAGCUGAUCAAACAAGCAUUGAUUAUAAAUAUGACAUCAAGCUCCAGGAUUGCCAAAGUGCAAUCAAAAUGGAGCCUCCUUCUCCACCCUAUUUUUCUGAAAAAGUGCAGUUAUACAAUAAACCACAUGAGGAGUCUUCCAACUCAUUUAUGGCUAUUGAAUGUCGUGUGUGUGGGGACAAGGCCUCUGGAUUUCAUUAUGGAGUGCAUGCAUGUGAAGGUUGUAAGGGCUUUUUUCGAAGAACAAUCAGAUUAAAACUUAUUUAUGACAGGUGUGAUCUUAAUUGUCGCAUCCAUAAGAAAAGCAGAAAUAAAUGUCAAUACUGCAGAUUUCAGAAAUGUCUUGCAGUUGGAAUGUCACAUAAUGCCAUCAGGUUUGGGCGAAUGCCACAGGCGGAGAAGGAGAAGCUCUUGGCAGAGAUUUCCAGCGACAUCGACCAGUUAAAUCCUGAAUCUGCUGAUCUGCGAGCGCUUGCCAAGCAUUUGUAUGACUCAUACAUAAAGUCCUUCCCUCUGACCAAAGCCAAGGCAAGGGCGAUCUUGACAGGAAAGACGACAGACAAAUCACCAUUUGUUAUUUAUGACAUGAACUCUUUAAGGAUGGGAGAAGACCAGAUCAAGUGUAAGCAUGUAUCACCACUGCAGGAGCAGAACAAAGAAGUAGCAAUUCGCAUUUUCCAGCGAUGUCAGUUUCGCUCUGUGGAAGCAGUGCAGGAGAUUACAGAGUUUGCAAAGAACAUUCCAGGUUUUGUGAAUCUUGACCUGAAUGAUCAGGUAACUCUCCUGAAAUAUGGUGUCCAUGAGAUCAUAUAUACUCUCCUGGCUUCUCUGAUGAAUAAAGAUGGAGUUCUUAUAUCUGAAGGACAAGGAUUCAUGACACGGGAGUUUCUGAAGAGCCUGAGAAAACCUUUUUGUGACUUUAUGGAGCCCAAGUUUGAGUUUGCUGUGAAGUUCAAUGCACUGGAAUUAGAUGACAGUGACCUGGCAAUAUUUAUAGCUGUCAUUAUACUAAGUGGAGAUCGCCCAGGUUUGUUAAAUGUGAAGCCCAUUGAAGAUAUACAAGAUAAUCUGUUGCAAGCUUUGGAGCUCCAGUUAAAGCUGAAUCAUCCAGAGUCAUCACAACUGUUUGCAAAAUUGCUUCAGAAAAUGACAGACCUCAGGCAAAUAGUAACGGAACAUGUGCAGCUGUUGCAAAUAAUAAAGAAAACGGAAACAGAUAUGAGUCUUCAUCCACUCCUACAAGAAAUCUAUAAAGACUUAUAUUAAUGGCAAUAGUAGUUCUUAUCCUCUGACAUAAUGUAUGUUCUUCAGAUUGCACUAUUUCUUUGAGAGAAAACUUUGCAUACUUAAGAAAUUACUGUGAAACAGCAUUUAAAGAAGAGAGAGCUUAGUAUAGUAGAUCUAUUUUAUGCAUAUUGUUUAUAAAGACACAUUUACAAUUUACUUUUAAUAUUAAAAAUAUCUAUAUCAUGAAAUUGUUGGCAGUAUUUUCAGAAUUAAUUUUUUAAACUAUCUUAUUUCUUAAAAUUGCUUGACAAGUAUGAUUGGUGCUUGCUUCACUAUGGUUGGUUAAGCAUGAAGUUAAAUUUUCAACUUAAAAAUAAAAAUCUUUCUCCUUAAACAUUUCCAGGGAAA